UUGUUUGCACUUGCUGUAAACAAACCAUAAGCUGUUGGUUUGUGUUUUUCAUUUAAUUUGACUUAAAUAUCUAUAUUUGCGUUGCUCAAAACUAUUAAACAUUGGUUCCAACUGCUACAAACCAUUUAUCUGACUGAUAAAACAACCAUUUGUAUAACCUCGGAGUCUAAACGGCUCAGCACGCGAUAAUCACAACCAGCCUGAAAAUGGACGCUAUGGAUGCGAAGGAAAUUCUCAACCAUUUGAACCAUUUGGGCUAUCGCAACAUUACUGCAGCACAGUUGAAAGAAUUUCAAAAAGAUUUGAAAAAGCUUAUCCGGUACGAUGCGAAGCCGUACAGCCAGAUGGACAGAGAAAAUGUGGAAAAUAAUACAGAACAAGGCAGCGUAUUCGAACGAUUGCAUGCUGAAACAACUGCAAGCUAUCAGGCAAAAAUGGCUAAAUCUUCAAAGCAUAGUCAGCGUGCUGCACCUAUAGAUAAGGAAAAUCAUUCCCCAAACCCUAGAACUGUUUCUACAGCAGUGAAGGACAACAGUGAAACUGUCUGUAAGAUGUGGAUAAGACCAAAAAGUUCUCAUUCAACCAAACGAAGUGACCCAGUCGAACUGUACCAUUCGUACAAAAAAGAGUGGAAUAAAUUCAAACAGAACCUACCGGGCGAAAAUGAUCAUUCCGAACUACGUUGGAGGAUCAGGAACAAGUUACUGGGGGAGUAAAUAAAACGCUACAACAUGCUACAUACAAUACUCGAGGACGAAAUAAAAAUGCUUUAUUUUUACGAUUAUUAA